GUGGGGAAGGAUGGUCACUGGUUUGGCCCUCUGGGCACCUGACAUGGGGGCGGGAACCUGUAAAGUCUCUAGAAACCCGGAACUAAUCUUCUCGGACUUACUUUCUUUCAAGUCUCUGUUCUUUUGUGCCUCUUGGAAGGGGAUAGGAGAUAAGGGUCUUCGCUGUGCAGCGACCAGGCACUCAGGCCUAGGGUUUUUCCUGCCGCCUUCCCCUGUGGACCCUUCUGUCUCCGAGCUCUGGUCAUGGCGAGAUUUUGGGUCUGCGCGGCCGGUGCCGCCUUUUUUCUUGCAAGUCUGGUUUUGCAUUCGCGUUUCUGUGGCUCCCCGGUUUUAAGAAAUUUUGCUUUUCGAAUUUCCUGGAAAUCGGAGAAAGUUGCUUCUUACCGGCUGGAUUUGAGUUGGCCUAAGUAUUCAGACUACUUUACAGGAGCAACAUUUUGUGUUGCAGUUGACUCACUCAACGGAUUGGUUUAUGUAGCCCAAAGAGGGGAUAACAUCCCAAAGGUAUUAGUGUUCACAGAGGAUGGAUAUUUCCUACGAGCCUGGAAUUUUACAGUUGACACACCACAUGGUAUGUUUGCAGCCAGUACACUACAUGAACAAUCCGUCUGGAUCACAGAUGUAGGAAGUGGAUCCUAUGGUCAUACUGUUAAAAAAUACAAUACCUUUGGUGAUCUUGUUCAAGUUUUGGGUACGCCUGGGGAAAAAGGCACAGGUUUGAAUCCCCUGCAGUUUGAUAACCCUGCAGAACUAUACGUAGAUGACACAGGAGAUAUUUACAUUGUGGAUGGGGAUGGAGGAUUGAAUAACAGAUUGAUCAAACUGUCCCAAGAUUUCAUGAUCCUUUGGCUGCAUGGAGAAAAAGGGACAGGGCCUGCUAAGUUCAACAUACCUCACAGUGUUACACUUGAUUCAUCUGGUCGGGUGUGGGUUGCUGACCGAGGAAAUAAAAGAAUCCAAGUGUUUGAUAAGGACACUGGAGAGUGGUUAGGAGAAUGGAAGAGUUGUUUCACAGAAGAAGGACCUUCUUCAGUUAGAUUUACUCCGGAUGGGAAGUACUUGAUUGUGGCCCAGCUGAAUCUCAGCAGGCUGUCCCUUCUGGCAGCACCCCCUGUGGGAAGCAUUGGUGACUGCUCUGUGAUCAGCACAAUCCAACUACCAGAUCAAGUGUUGCCACAUCUCUUAGAAGUCGACAGAAAGACUGGAGCAAUCUAUGUAGCGGAAAUUGGGGCAAAACAAGUUCAAAAAUAUGUCCCUCUGAAUAGCUAUGUUCCUGCAUUUGGUGCAUAGAGUUUUAUUCCUGGAGAUGCUUGAUGGCAUGGCAGUUCAGAUUCAGAGAUUCAUUAAGGGUUUACCAUUGGUAGCCAAGCACAAGAAUUUGUUUUUACUGGAUCUAUUUGAUCAGAAGUAUUCAUUUUUGAUUUUAUGCCAUUAAGAAUCAUGUUUUGUUGAUAUUCUUGGGAUUUAAUUUUACUUACUAAGUGCUUAAGGACAUUUUAGUGAAAGAAAUGUAACUUAAAAAAACGGUGUCAGAAAGAGGAACUAAGAUUGUAACCUAGUUAUUUGUCCUAGCAAAUAACUCCUUUGGUUUAGAAAAAAGAAAAGAAAAAGUGGGACUAAAAAUGAGUUCAUAUUAUAAUUUAUCGGAUAUUGUGAAGAACUGCAAACCUCCAGUCCAUUCAACUUACGUAAAAUGGACUGCUUGAGAAAUUGUGAAUAAAAUAAACUUUUCAGUAAUUUGAGUACCUGCCAGGUCCUGAAGAUUCAAAAAUGAGGAAGCAUUGUUGUGUGCCUUUGUGUAGCUCGAGAUCAGUGGGGAGACAAGCAGACAGUCACAGCACAGACAGCAGCGCACAAGUGUAGAGGGACAUUAGUAGGAGCACAGUAUGUAAUUGAAUUCGUGGAGUCUGCCCAGGAAGUCAGCUUGAGCUUGAACUUCAAAACCAGGAGGAAUUUGCCAGGGCACGCAGAGGGGGAAAUAUGUUUAAAAGCCCAAGUUGGGUUUUGUUCUUUAGCUAUAAGAGGCUUAAUGUGAUCUAUAAAUAUAGGAGUAUCUGACAUCCAAUAAGCACUUUACUGAGAGGAGUUUUUAUAAAUAAAUAGAAUUUUUAAAGGUUCAUGUUAAAAAUAGGGCCUCUCCUUAAUUCUUUCUAUACAAUUUUCUUUUUCUUUUUUUUUUUUAGCACGAACUCAGUUCUUUUCUAACAUUUGUCUACCUCAAAAAAAAUUUUCAGGAGAAUUAUUUAUAUGGAGGUGUGCCAAACUUUUGGAGCAAUUAAGAUGAAAAUUUUCCUGCCUUCUUAUUUCUACUUCUAUUUCUAUCCUCUUCCCUCACACUGGUCUGAAUAUUGGCUUAGAUUAGGUUUUGGGGGAACCUUACUAUAUUGUGAUCUUUCAAAAUUCUUCCCCUUUCCUUCCAUCCCCUUUAUCCCAGUGUUAUACUGUGAUUGUAGAGCAUAUGAGGAGUCUUGAGCUGACUUUGCUCCUCCCCCAUUAUGUCUGGAGUCAUAAUGAAUUUAUGACUGAAUCCACUUGUUCAGAUACAUGGAUCAUAAUGUGGUUAGGAAGGUAAAUCUUCCAACAGGAAACCCUAACCUGUAUUCUGAGGACUUUGGUCAAUGUGUCUGUGCAGCUAUUUGAUCUUGAACACACUAUCUUCAUUUUGAGUAAUGUGGGAGUAUGGUGGCAUUUCCUCUUUCACGAGGCUGUGAGGAUGAGGUGUUCACCAGGUACAGAUGUGCCCUUCAAGUCUUAUAAAACUUGCUGAAAAUGUUAUUUCUGUAUAUCUGCAAAAAGUGUUUGAUUGGUAUCCUUGCAAUCACAGCAUUACACUUUUUUCCUUUAGAUUAAUUGAUUGAAUGAUAAAUGUGUUUUCCAUUGAAAAUAUGCAUAUUAAAAUUUUGAAAGAAAAGUCCAUAUUAUCUGACUUUCCAAUUAAAGAUUGAUUUUAUCAUCAUAAAAAACAGUUUAUGACUUCUUACUCCAUUACUCAGCAAUCGUAAUAUCACAGAUUGGUGCUCAGAGAAUGUCCCCAUCUUUAUAAAAUGUAAGGUGCUAUGCAUAAAUAUUGAUGGAGGUUACUUGGAGGAUUUAAACAGCCUGGCUUUGUUUGAGGUGUUGGGUGGUUACAACUAAGGGUAAUAACUACCUAUUGUCUUAUGUUUUUACAGUAGAAGUGAAACCUCUUUAUGCCUCUACUUUCUGGGCUCAUUCAUGGAGUAGGGAGGGGCGGGAAGGGAGGAAGUGUUCCAAUCAGAAACCAAAGGCUAAGUUUUUUUUGUUUGUUUGUUUGUUUGUUUGUUUUUUAUUACUUCCUCUAUAAGAGUGAAUCUUUAGAUGAAAUGUUUGUCAUCCUGAGAAAACUUAGGUGCAGUCUAAUGUGAAACAAAGAGGAACUGUUAAAUUCAUGUGUAGGUCACUUAGCAAAAGACUUCUUCAAGCACUGCUGCUAUAAGGUUAAAACAACAAAAUCCUAACUUAUUGGGCUUUUGCUGGUUUUAGACACUUAGUAUUUGAAAGCAGGAGUGUAUUACCAACAUUAAAAUUGGGAACUCCUAGGGAUUUACUUGUUAGGCAUCCUAAAAUAUAUCAAUCAUUUUUCUAAAAUCCUACAUUUAUAUGACUUUAAAUUGCUUUAUUUUCAGCAAUAAUCAAAAAAUUUUAAGUCAGAACUAAUCAGAACAUUCAGCAAAAAGUAUUAAGACCCAAAAAAAAAAAAAAAAAAAGAAAUGGAUAUUGUUACUCAGGCAAGUAACUCUCUGGCAAGUAAGUCCUCUGCCAUUAGUAGUUGACUGCUAGUUGAAAAACAACCUACUUAAACCAUUGCCCUACUUCUGGAAGGUACCGUUUUGCACUUGUGUUGCAUUAUGUUCUUCAUACAAAAGAGGGCACUAGAGUUCUGCAUAUAGUAAGCAUUUCUUGAAAUAAAUGGGCAAAUGUCAACCUUCUCUAUAGCUUUGACUUUAAAAUUGAAUCUACAGUGUUAACCAUACCUAUGCUUUUUCUGCAUCUUGCUUACCUUUUGAGGAAAAUGGGUUUACAGAUGACACAUUUUUCAAGGGUUGGAAAAAUACUGUUUAAUUGAACUUUUCUGCAUUGAAAAAAAAGUUUAAAUCUUUUCAAUAAUUCAAACUGACAGAUUGAGGUGAAUAAUUCACUUUAAACAAAGGAAAAAAUGAUAAUCUGAUUAUGUGAGUGUAGUACAAUAGAAGAUGCAUUUUUAUCAACAGAAUUCUUUUUCUUAGUACUAGUUUUUUUUUUUUUUUUUAAAAAACAAUUUUGCCUUGUGGUUUCUGUUUAUUUUACAUAUAAGAAAAGUGGGUUAUUUAUAGCAAAGUCAAAUCAUUUCUGUACCUAGCACUUAUCCAUAGAAUCUAUGAGUUGAUAGAGCAAACCAAUCCUCUAACAUGUAGAUACUCCUAAAAGGAGUAUACAAAAGAACGAAGUAGAAUUGGAACAAUAAAAAUAGCAUUUCUUGAAAACUUUACCUCCUGCAUUGUAAAUAAUAAUAAAUAAAAUUUAAUUCUUCUAUGUAAUUCAUAAAGAAAAGAUACGUGUUUUGUGUCUGAAGUCACUUAGUUGAACGUUUGCAUUAAGGUGAAAGCAGGAUUCCAAGAAACACAAUAUUGAAUGAAACUGCAUUAAUUUGGGAAAGAAGAUAUGUUUAUGGUUUUAAGAUUCUGUGUCCAGGAAUAUAAAUCAUUCUAAUGCCUUAUUUUAUAUCCUUUAAGAAGAUUUCAUCUUUUUUUCUGUUUAGAUUCUUUUGUGACAAAUUUAAAUUCUUGUAUCAAAUUUUACUAUACAUUUUCCUAUUUCUGAUUAGUCACUGAUAUUAGGAGAGGUCUUAAUUUUAUCUUCUAUUUACCUUAAAAAUGUUCCUACUUUUAAUUAGUAUUAUGUAUAUUUGUAUUUUCUUGAUAUUCCACUUUGAAAAUAAAGAUAACUGCAUAAAGAUAGCUUUCGAUAGUCAUAUUUUUGUUAUUAAAAUUUUUUAUUACAGUAGCUACACCAUUCAAAACUGUUGAAUAAUAGUGGUGAUAGGGAUAUCCUUAUUUCUGACUUUAAUGGACAUAUCAGUAUUUUACCAAUAAAUAUUAUG